AUGGCGAAGACAACUGAGGAAGAAUUGGAGGCUGCAAAUGUUUUAAAACUUGAUAAAAUACAUGAAGAACUCUAUUCACUCAAUGAAACAUCCAAAUUUGAUGCUUAUUGUGAAAAGCUGAAUAUAGAUAAUGAACAGUAUAGCAAAUCCAAAAUCCUUUGCACUAAACUCAUGUAUGUUUUAGAACAAAUAGCUGUAAAUGGCAGAAAACCAGAAAAUACAAAACGUUGUGGUUAUUUACGUUAUUGGUUAUAUGAAGAAAUAGGGAAAAUAUAUACUGAUCACUCCAAAAUGGUUAGUGAAAUAUCCUUAGCUAAGGACCUUAUUGAUAUAGUAAAUAAUGUUAUUAAAAAAGAAUUAAAAUACAUUUGUACUUCAUUUCCAGAGCCUGAGAAAAAUGUUACACUAGAUGAAUGGAAAAAAAGGAAAAUUUCGUAUAUGUAUUUUCAAAAUUAUGAUGAAAUUAAAAAAAUUAGCAAUUCAAAUGACAAUGACAAAUGCAGUAAGUAUUUGACUUUUGUUAAUAAUUUUAGUAGAUUAUAUGAAAGGUAUAAGAAAGACCACUGUAAUAAUGGGUCAUGGUGGUUAUUCAAUACUGACACUCAUUAUUUUUAUUGCGCUUCUAAGUUUGACCCAAAGAAGUUGAUUUCUGAACUAGAAGCAUGUAAAUUAUAUAAACCUCGGGAUAUAAAUGCUUUAGAUGCUCAACAACCCCCGAGUGAUACAGGACCUAUAAUUAAGCCAGAAAAAGAUCAACAACUGACAAAAAAUAGGGUUGUAGAACCUAAAGGAGAAACUAAUGCAACCUCAAAUGAUUCUGUAUCCCAUGGGGUUACAGUAGGGGUUACAAGAGCUUCACAAGAAGCAGAUUCACAAGAUAUAAGAGCAAAAGUUACAGCACGUCCAUUAAAUACGGAAGGACGAGAAGAUCCUCUAGGUUUUGAAAUUUCAAGAGAAACAGAAGCUCAUGUUGGUUUGCUAGAUAAAAGAGAUUCAAAAGUUUCAUCGAGUUUACAAGAUAUAUUACAUGGAGUAAUCCCAAAAGGUAUGCAACACCAAGGUGGGCAAAAAGUAUCACCUAAAUCUGGAAUAAUAGAAGACAAAAUAGACCAAGGGAAAUCAUGGAAAAACUAUCAAAGAAUUAAUCCAACGCAUUAUUACUUACCUGGUUCCACCGAGCCAGGAAAGAGUUCAAAUAAAAAAGAAAAAAAGAAAGGAGAAUUUGAGAAUAAUUACAAUGAUGAAUAUAAAGAAGAAUUAUCAAGAUAUAUGUCAGAGGAAUUUCUUACACAUUCUCAAAAGAGCGCGUUAUAUUUGUCAUAUUAG